AAAUCAGCAAAGAUCAAAAACAAUGACCCUUGCCAAACAAAUAACAGAAUAAGAAUAAAAAGUUAAAAUAAGUAAAAAAGUUAAAAAAGUAAAAAUAAAAAGAUGUAAAGUAAAUUAAAAAGCAAACAGCAAAAUGACAGCAAGAAUAUAGAAUAUACACUUAUAAUCAUAAAUAACAACAAAAAACCAAUAAAUACUUGAAACAUGGCUAAUUUUAAUAGAACAGGGACCUGUUUCUCAAAACAAUUUAAGUGCAGUCUGUUUCUCAAAAAAAGUUUUACCUAAGUGAAAUUUUUCACUUAAGUAAACAGGAAAUUAUACUUAAGUAUUUUUGAGAAAGUCGCUUAAGUAAAACUUAAGAUGUUUUGAGAAACAGGUUUUUCUGAAAAGGAAUAGGGGAGAGAAAACUGAUAUUUUUGUUAUACAUCGAUGCACUCUCUUUAUAUAUUCUAGGGACGUAUAUACAGUUAGCAGUUGGAAUCCAAAUUCCGUACUCGAUAUUUACUCAGAAUUAACGAACGAGAUAACCAUCCAGAUCAAGAAAGCCCAAGAAGUGAGAAUUCACAUAUAACUAUCAACAAAUUUCAAUAAAACAUACUUCUAUUUUUAGCGUGUGCUACGUCAUGAAGAAGAUUCAGCUCUAUUGAAAGCUUAUAUUCAUGAAUGGACAAAAUUCUUCGAACAAUGCGAAUAUUUACCAAAACCAUUCAUAAAAGUUGAACCACCGUCUAGUUUAACACCAUCACCUUCAUCAACAAAUACAAAAAUUGAUCAAGUUCGUCAGUUAAUGCUUGAAUCAUGGAAUAACAAUAUAUUUAAAGAUAUUAAACAUCGAUUACAAAAUAGUGCCAUGAAAUUAGUACAUGCUGAAAGAAAUGGAGAAUGUUUUGAUUCACAACUUGUCAUUGGCGUGAGAGAUUCAUACGUUAAUUUAAAGACAGAUGAAAAAGAUAAAUAUAAAAUAUAUCGUGAAAAUUUUGAAAAAGCUUAUUUAGAAGAAGCUACUCGAUUUUAUAAACAAAAAGCUGGUGAAUAUUUAUUGGAAAAUGGAAUAUUAAAUUAUUUACAAUAUGCAGAUCAAAAGUUAAAAGAAGAAGAAAAACGUGCCAGACGUUAUUUAGAAUCAUCACCAGAAUGUAGUAGUAUAUUAUUACUGCUUGAACGUUGUGUCGAUGCAUUAGUAACACAAUUUAAAGAACAAAUAACAAAUGAAUGUCCAAAACUAAUUGAAGAUAACGAUAUUGAAAGGUUACGUUUAGUAUUUAUAUUGCUCGAUCGUAUACCAGAUAUUACAUCAUUAACAUUAGCAUUAGAAAGUUUUAUUGUAAAACGAGGUCUUGAUAUUAUGAUUAAAAAUAAAGACACCAUUAAACAGGAUCCUGAAAAAUAUGUUGAACAGUUAUUAGAACUUUAUCGACAAUUUUCAUCAUUAGUACAAAAUGCAUUUUUGAAUGAUCCACGUUUUUUGACAUCAAGAGAUAAAGCAUUUCAAAAAAUAAUUAAUGAUGUAUCCGUAUUUCAAUUAGAUAUGCCUACGAGAACAACACGAGGUGCUGUUCGUACAACACAAGCUGAAUCACGUUGUCCAGAAUUAUUAGCACAAUAUUGUGAUUUUCUUUUAAGAAAAGGUGCUUCAAAUAAAAAAUUUUCAUCUGAAGAAGUGGAAUAUCGUAUUAAAGAUGUUCUAUUAUUACUUAAAUAUGUUACAAAUAAAGAUAUAUUUAUGCGUUAUUAUAAAAUAAAUUUAACGCGACGAUUAAUUUUAGACAAUUCAAUUGAUAAUGAAUUAGAAGAAAAUAUGGUACAUCAAUUAAGAGAUGUUUCAAUGCCAGCUGAAUUUAUUUUAAAAUUACAACAAAUGUUUAAAGAUUUAAAAUUAAAUCGUGAUAUGAAUGAAGAAUUUAAAACAUUAUAUCAAGCAUCACGAAAUAAUAAUACAAUGAUGGAUUCAUUUUCAUUUAAAAUAUUAAAUGCUGCUGCGUGGCCACAUAGUGGCGAAAAAAUUAAUGUCUCAUUACCAGCUCAAAUUGAAGAUGUUAUGCCAGAAAUUGAAGAAUACUAUAAGAAAAAUCAUAAUGGAAGAAAAUUAACAUGGUAUCAUAGUGUAU